AUGUAAUAACAAGAUCAAUUAAUAAGAAAUUUUUCUAAUAUUACAGGAUGUUAGGAUCAUAACAAAUGUUUAAAUUAUUUACAAAUGGGAAAUUUUGAAUUAGAGGUAAAAAUGUUGUUUUAUUUAUUUAAAAGAAUGCAAUUUAAUUAUUUUUUGAUCUAGAAAUAUAAUCAUAAUAAUUUGUAGCUCCAAUAUAAAAGGGAAAUUAAUAGGAGCCAAAACUUCCAUAAAGAUAAAGAAGAUAAAUUUAAGAGAAUUUUGAACUAGAAUAGUCUUAAACCACUUAAGAAUUAAUUUAAAAAUAUAAGAAUUAUAAAGAGAAUAAAAUAGAUGAAGAAGCAGGAUUAGUCUCUGGUGUUUGGAAAUUAGCCAAAGCUCUUUGUAUUAAACAUUCCUUAUUUUUAUAGUUUCUAAAAAUUAAAAUUAUGGUGAAGAAUUUUAGAAACAUAUCUAAUCAAAAAAAGUUAAAAUUGAGAUUAAGUUCGAAAUGGGUUCAUUUUAAGAUAAUAUUAAAAUAGCAUAAAAUAGAAAUUAUCCAAUUUUUGUAUAUGUUCAUGAUAUUUCAUUUUUGAAAAUCUUACAAGCUAUGUUUUAAUGCAAAUCCUUUGUAUAUAUAGUAAAUAAGAAUUUUAUCAGUUAUGCUUUCAUAGCUAAUUAAGAGACUUUAGCUUAGUUACCUUCUUAAAAUAUUGAAAUUCCAUCUAUUCUAAUAUAUAGAAUAAAUUUUGUUGAUGAAAUUUGUUUAAUGAAAUAAAUUAAGUUGUUUCCUUAAACUAAUUUUGAGGAAUUAACUUAAGAAAUAAAAUCAAUAAGAUCUGCUAUAUCUAAAGUUAAUGCAUAAGAAAAAUAAGCAAAAAGAUUGGUUGAAAAUCCUGAAUAGAUUAAUUAAAGUUAAAUUGAUAAAUUUAUAUAAAAAUAAAUGGAAAUGGAAAUAAAAAAAUAGUAAGAAAUUGAAUAAAGAGAAAGAGAGGAAUUAUUAUAAAAGUAAGAUUUUGAAUAUAUGAUGGCCUUAAAACAAGCAGAUGAAAAAAAGAAGAAAAUUAAUGAUGAAAAAUUAAAAUAAGAUUAACUAAUAUAAUAAUAAUAAGAAGAAGAAGUAUCAAUAAAUUUUAUAUUUAGGAAUAACGUUAAUUUAUGAAAGCUACAGCACUCUCAGGUUUACCUUAAGAACCAUAAGAAAAUUGUAUUACCAUUUAAUUAAGGUUUUUUGAUAAAGUUAUUACUCGAAACUUUAAUUUCACUGAUAAAAUAUAAGUAAUUAAAUUUUAUAUUUAUAAUUUUAGAUUAUUUUUGAUUUUGUUAUAUGUCAAGAUGAUGCACUCUUUCUUAAUCCUAGAGCAGAUAUUGAUUUAAUCUAAAAUUUUCCUAAGCUUUCUUUAUUCGAUAAAAAAGACAUGACUAUUUAAGAGGUCUUUAAUGAUUCAACUGGAGAGUAAUUAAUUAUUUUAGAAAAUGAAUGA